AUUUUGCAUAAAACCUGUGUACCCACGUUUUAUGCAGUCACAUCAAGGGGGAAAGCAUAGAUUUCCUUUGUCUUCGAUGUACCAACAGCCUCAUCCCGGUCAGCCGCAGUACCCCGGCCAGCAGCAACAGUACCCCGGCCAGCCGCAGCAGCAGUACGGCGCGCAACCCGGCUACCCGCCGCAGCAGCCCGGCUACCCGCCGCAGCAGCCCGGCUAUCCGCCGCAGCAACCGGGUUACCCACCGCAGCAGCCGUACGGUGCGCAGCCCGGGUACCCGCCGCAGCAAUACGCUCCUCAGUACGCGCCGCAGCAGUACCCGCCGCAGCAGCAGUACUACGCGAACCAAGGCCGCCAACUCUUCCAGACCGCGACCGCGCCCCAAGGCAUGUACCAACAGCCCGCGCAGCCCAUGUAUGUGGCGCAGCCGGGCGUCAUGUACGGUGGUCACAAGGUGAAGCACUACAAGUACAAGAACAAGGGCUUCAAGGGCUUCAAGGGUCAUAAAGGCUUCAAGGGCCACAAGGGCUUCUUUGGCGGCCGCCGCCACAAGGGCUUCAAGUUCUUCUAGGCUCUUAAUCGUCAAAUGUUGGUGUGACGCAUGCAAACA